AUGGCAGCCCUCGCAGAAACAUACAAUGACCCAGUCCAUAUUGCUGUUAUCGGCGGCACCGGACUUCGCGAAUUGCCCAAUUUCACGCAAGUCGCAUCCCUCACCAUCACCACACCAUGGGGAUCCCCAUCCUCUCCGAUAGCCAUUCUCCACCACACCUGCUCCACAAGCGGCAAGGUAGUCCCUGUCGCAUUCCUCAGUCGACACGGUCUACACCACGAAUACGCACCACACGAGGUACCUGCGCGCGCCAACAUCGCUGCCCUCCGCUCAAUCGGGGUGCGAAGUAUUGUCGCGUUUUCCGCCGUUGGAAGUUUGCAAGAGGCUAUUAAGCCGCGAGACUUUGUCGUUCCGGACCAGGUUAUUGACCGGACGAAGGGGGUGCGGCCAUGGACGUUCUUCGAGGGUGGCGCGGUGGCACAUGUUGGUUUCGCGGACCCGUUCGAUGAGCAGAUGGCGAAGAUCGUGAGGGCGUGUGGACAUAGUUUGGAAGGGGAUGGGGUCGUGUUGCAUGAUCGUGGUACACUGAUAUGCAUGGAGGGCCCCCAAUUCAGCACGCGCGCAGAGAGUAACCUCUACCGCUCCUGGGGUGGCAGCGUCGUCAACAUGUCCUGUCUUCCCGAAGCAAAACUGGCCCGAGAAGCUGAGAUUGCAUAUCAGAUGAUUUGCAUGUCCACCGACUAUGACUGUUGGCACCCAGAGACGGCAGAUGUCACAGUCGAAAUGGUCAUGGCCAAUAUGAAAAUGAACUCAGUGAAUGCGAGAAACUUCAUCGGUGCGGUGCUCGAUGAACUCACAAAGGAUGAACACGCAGCUCUGGUGCAAGGAAAGCAUCUAGAAGGCACAUGUAAAUUUGGUCUGAGCACGGCUCCUGGACACCUGAGCACGGAAGCCCUUGCGAAACUCGUGUGGCUUUUCCCCGGAUAUUUUAGUAAUAAUUAA